GGUUCACAGUUCACUUCACACACACCACGCCCGGGCAGACGACGACUCCAGGUGCGGUCUGCCGUCUGCGGUGGUGGUCAGGACUAGUCUUCGACGCCGUCAAGGUCGUGGCACUUGGCGUUUCACAUGACCGUGCGAGCGCGAGCGCGAGCGCCUUGACGCCGGCCGCUUCUUCUGCUCGCGUUCUCUGCCAUUUCCGCCACCUUACCGGACCAUUUCUUUCCGCUUCCACCGAUAAAUCCUUGCGGUUGCCCCUGUUGCUGCUCUCUUGGACUCAAGGAAACAACUCCUUCACGAAUCCAUCAUUCCAUUCGCCCGUCCGUGCGUAAGCGCAGCACCCACCGGCACCGCCGCUCGCCCGUUCCACGACAGAGAGAGAGAGAGAGAGAAGAGCCGGGCGUCAGCGCGCGAUGGCCGUCGUCGUGUGCGUCACCGGCGCCGGCGGCUUCAUCGGGUCGUGGAUCGUUAAGAUCCUCCUCGCCCGCGGGUACGCCGUCCGGGGCACCUCCCGCCGCGCAGAUGACCCCAAGAACGCGCACCUGUGGGCGCUCGACGGCGCGGCGGAGCGCCUCACCAUGCUGCAGGUGGACCUGCUCGACCGUGCCAGCCUCCGCGCCGCAUUCCGCGGCUGCGACGGCGUCAUCCACACCGCCUCGCCGAUGCACGACAACCCCGAGGAGAUCAUCGAGCCGAUUAUCGUCGGGACGCGGAACGUCGUCGAGGCCGCGGCCGACGCCGGCGUGCGGCGCCUGGUGCUGUCCUCCACCAUCGGCACCAUGUACAUGGAUCCGCGCCGCGACCCGGACGCGGCACUCGGUGACUCCAGCUGGAGCGACCUCGAAUACUGCAAGAGCACCAAGAACUGGUACUGCUACGCGAAGACGAUCGCGGAGCAGGGCGCGUGGGAGGCGGCGCGGGCGCGGGGGCUGGACCUGGCGGUGGUCAUCCCGGUGGUAGUGCUCGGCGAGCUGCUGCAGCCCAGCAUGAACACCAGCACCCUGCACAUCCUCAAGUACCUCACUGGGCAGACCAAGGAGUACGUCAACGAAUCGCAUGCCUACGUGCACGUCAAGGACGCUGCCGAGGCGCACGUCAGGGUGCUCGAGGCGCCUGGCGCCGGCGGGCGGCGGUAUGUCUGCGCUGAGCGCACUCUGCACCGCGGCGAGCUCUGCCGUAUCCUCGCCGGACUCUUCCCGGAGUACCCUAUUCCGACAAGGUGCAAGGAUCAGGUGAAUCCACCAAAGAAGGGUUACAAGUUUACAAACCAGCCUCUGAAGGACCUAGGAAUCAAGUUCACGCCAGUGCAUGAAUACCUGUAUGAAGCAGUGAAAUCCCUGCAAGAAAAGGGAUUCCUCCAGAAGACCUCUAACACCAAGGUGCCUGAACGACGCAGCCGCCUGCCUGAACAAUCACAACCACCCGUAUUGAUUUCAAAACUUUGAUAGAUUUUUGCACAACGUGGCCAUGUUUUGUCUGAACAAGUCGUUCAUUUGAUUGGUUAUUAAAUUUUGGCAGUCUGUUCUUAUAUAGCAAAAUGUCUUGUUUGUGGUGCAUCCUGUUGCUGUUGCACUACCUUCAGUGAGUGUACACUCUGUAUCCUGUAGGGAGCAGUAUAUAGGGCGAUUUCAGCGAUGGUGCUAUUCCCAAUCGUCCAGCAUCUGGUUGAUCAUUCUGUCCCAUUUAAUUACUGAGAUAAAUUAGUAUUACCUAACA